UGAUAAAGAUUCUAUUUGCUUGGUCAUCCCUUUUGAAUUUUGAUUUGAAUUAUUCCUUGAUUUUAUUUUCGAUAAAACCCAAAAUAUAAUAUAUAUUUGUUCUAUACUAUAAGCUCGAAACAGUGCUUACUCAUAAACUUUUUUUGCAAUCAAAACACUAUUCUACAUUUGAACAUAACAAUAAGUUUUGAGAAUAUUUUUGACUACCAGAAAAUAUCACAAUAGGAACAAUAAAUAUUAUUUUUCAAUCUUUGAUCUAACAUAAUCAAAAAAUUAUCUUUAGCUGUUCUUUGUACUCAGCUAAUUCUAAUCUCUUUGUCACCGAGGAAACCAGAUAAACAAAAAUGAACAGAUGUUUUAUUUUGAGGUUAGGUUUAUUUAUCUAUCACCUGCGUUCAUUUUAUUUAUGUGGAUGACACAUUGUUAUUUGAAAUGGAAUCUAAAGAAGUUCGUGGAAUAUUGUUGAAUAAACAUUGUGGUGCACUUCAAGAUCCCAACAAAAGAGAAAGGAAACAAGCAUUAGAAAGAAUUAGGAAAGAGUUAAUGAGCAGUGAAGAUGAGGACUUAAUUUGCGAAUUUGAAGGUAUUCAGAAACACCUUUUAAGAUCUUUACAUGAUGAAUCAGAAGCUGUGAGAGAAUGUGUUGUUUUACUGUUAACAGAUAUCUUGCAAAAAAUGAAGUGUGUUGAGAGUGUUUUGGGAAACUUAUUCCCUGAAUUACGAGUAAGACUUGGUGGGUCAGAAAUCAAAGAGCAGUCUGAGGAAGUAAGGCUACUGAUGGUUACAUUGCUUCGUGUAGUCAUAGCCAAAUAUGAUAAAGAUGUUGCACCUUACUUGAAUGAUUACGUGGAUAUUCUGAAAAAGACUAUUAUUGACCCUUAUCCAGAUGUGAAGAAAGCAAGUUGUGAAUGUGCAGCUGAAUUGGGAAAGGCAAUACCAAUGGAGUUUCAUUAUCAAUCUGAGUCAUUGAUCAAACCGAUGCUACAAGCUUUGGGCCAUCAACAUUCCAGGAUAAGAGUAGCAGUUAUCAAAAGCUUAGGUGAAGUAAUUCUCUAUGGAAACAACUGCUCAAUAAAUGAUGUAGCUCAGCCUCUAGCCGAACGCUCUUUUGAUCAGAAUGCGACAGUGCGCUUGACAAUAGCUAGAAUUGUUGGAAUGUGGCUUUCAAAACUUCGAGACCGAUAUUCAUAUUUUCACAAAUUAAUUCCUCUGAUGCUGACUAGCCUCCUUGAUGAAAUCAAAGAGCAAGCAGAAGAAGUAUGGAGACUGUGGGAGGCGGCAGGGGAGCAAUGGGUGCAAGAGAAUGAAACUGAUUUAAAAAAUAAACUAGAUUUCUUACCGGGAGAGAUAUCUUGGUAUCCUAAUGGAGUGAGAAGACCAAAUCUCGGUUGUAGAGAGCUUGUGCAGAGAGAAAUGACGAAAUUCAUCCCUGGAAUAAUAAAUGAGCUGACCGACUGGAAAGUGGAUGUCAGAGUGAAGUCAGCACAGCUACUGUGCACCACCAUCCAGCACGCUGAGCAGAGAAUCACACAAAGUUUGGCCAAACUCUUCCCUCCCAUGUACAAAGCGUUCUGCGACGAAGAUAAUCGAGUCUAUGAAAACGUGAAAAGAUCGGCAGAACUAAUCGGUUACUUUGUGCCAGUCGAUGUGUACUGCAGUCAGAUUCUACCCUCCUUGGAAGAAACGACCAGCACUGGCAAUCUGGGCAUUCUGGCUUCGGCAGUGCAGUACUCUCCUGCCGGAAGUAUUGAAACUGAACUUGCAAAUAUAACUAAAAUAUUGAAUAGCGAUGAUUGCUGCUUCACUGUGAGAGCCAGUGAACAUCAUCAGAUACUUUAUUUAGUUGGUGCCUUAUUGAAGAACUGUGCUGAAACCUGCUACAAGGAUGAAGCAGUCAGACAGAAUCUGUUCAAUGUGCUCGUGUCCGUUCAAGCGUUAUCAAAAUCUAAAACAACUGAUGAAAUUGUCAAAGACCUGUUCACAAAACUGAAUCAAUGUGGAGAAAACAAAGAUGAAAAUCCAGUCGUGAAAUGUUGCACAUCCAAAUUAUUGCAACGUUUACAAGUAACAAUGGAUAAUUGGACAGCUCACAGUCCUCAGCUAUCCGUAUUCGAAUUACUAUUUGCAGAUUAUGUUGACGGUAUUUCCGAGGAACCAACACUGGUUUUGUCUAUGUUGAGCCAGGGCGUUGGAGAGAAUAUGGACCCUGAGGUGGUGCUAAGAGUAUUGUGGACAAUACUGAAAUGUUUACAAACUGAAACGUUUAUCUCCAACUUCAAGGAAAACGAUUUGUUCUUCAGGGAAAUUAUGACAGAUAUUCUUGUGAAACGACUGGUUUGGAAAGCAGGCAGAUCAGCCGAGGCUCUACGUAUAGCAGCAGCCGCUUGUUUUGAUCAGGGAUUGAAAAGUAUGCUGGCCAAUACUUCGAUCAAAAUCGACCGAGAUUUACUCGACCUGUUCCUUCCACACAUUCUCAGCCUAAUUGAAGAUCAAGCCGAGAAGACGCGAAUCUUUACAUGCGAUGCGCUGACUACCUUACUAAUGGGAGCUAAAUCCCAACAGACUCUGACCACUGAAGAUGUUAACAAAUUGAUAACAGUUGUUAUGAAAAGACUGGAUGAUGUUAGCAACCAAGUGCGUACAAGAACACUCUCAGUAAUCAAUAUGAUUCACACACCUCCAAAUGCAGUUCCUUGCAGUGAAAAUGUCAACAGUCUCUUAUAUUCAACACUACUGGUGCAUUUAGACGAUCCCGAUGAGAAGUUCCGUUUGCUUGUUUUAGAUACAUUGAAAAUAAUUGGCAAACUGGAUGCGAAAGGAAUUCUUGAAAAAUUAUCCUUGGACACUUUCAGAGAUAAACAGAUUAGCAAAGAGUUGCAUGAUUAUUUGAAGAUCGAUUGCGCAAAUACUUAGCGCAUCUCCCAACUAAGCAGACUAGAAAAGCUUUACAAAAAAUAUAGAUCUAGUUCUAGAAUAAAGUUUUUUACCAUUGAAGAUCUUCUAUCGGGGAUAAAACUAUUGUUUAUAUUCGUCUAUUCAAUUUUCCAUUAAGCAAUAUUAUUUGAUAAUUACACUGAGUUUGUUUUAAACAUUGAAUAAACUCAUAAAAAACAUAA